AUGGUUCAACUCGACGAUGUCAGAGCUUGCGGGGAAGCGCUGAUCAACAGACAGUCAGUCACAGCCGUGUUCGUGGGUGGCACUUCAGGCAUUGGGGAGUACUCUUUGCGUGCUCUGGCAGCCUUGCACGGUCUUUCUGGUCAUGGUCUACGAGUAUAUCUUGUCGGCCGGAACCAGACAGCCGCCAACAAAAUCAUCGCUGACUGUGUCAAAGCAUGUCCUGUUGGGGACUUUCAGUUUGUGCGCGCUAGUGAUCUUGCUUCUCUUCGAGAGGUCGACCGCGUUUGCAAGGAGAUAUCGAAUAUGGAAGAAGCCCGCGCGGGCAAAGCAGCCUUCAUUGAUUUGCUUGUCAUGUCUCAGGCUUUUUUCGCUUUUGGCAUGACUAGUGAAGGACUAGUUCUGUCUUUGUCUCUACUCUACUACUCACGGAUGCGCUUUGUUACUCAGCUUCUCCCUCUGCUCACUGCCUCAUCUCUCCCGGGACGUGUCGUUUCUAUCUUUGGCCCUGGACGUGACACCAAGCUUAUCUUGGACGAUCUUUCUCUCUCAAAACCUCAGAACUUUAACUUCACCACAUUGGGCUCCCACGCGGCAUACAUGACUACAUUUUUCUUUGAAAGAAUUGCCGCCGGCAACCCGGGGAAAAUAUCCUUGUCCCAUUAUUUCCCCAUGCUAGUUAUUACUCCUGCAUUCAAAGGCGACGGUGUCCCUGGCUGGUUUAAGGGGGUCUACACAGUACUUAACCCGCUAUUUAAAGCCCUCAGCGUAAACCCAAGAGAAUGUGGUGAUCGGGUGCUUUUCCACACUUCACCUCGCUUUCCAGCUCGGCCGUUAAGUGGAGAAAUGCAUUCCCUAUCCAGAAUUGGCAACAUCACAAUCGCGAUGUCCUCAGAUGGAAUCCGUGGUGGUGGAGCCUACAGAGUAAACUGGAAUGGAGAAGAGGUUCCGCUAGGAAAAGGAUACAAGAACAUCCGCAAAGAAGAAGUCCGCACAAAGAUCUGGGACCAUACAAUGGCGGUAUUUCAAGCAAUCUCCAAUGACGGCCACUUUUCUGGAUAA